AUGACAGAGACGAAUCAUGUCACCAUGGUAGAAAGGCCAAAGCAUACUCCGCUGCCUAUCGCUCUCGAAGGCUUCGUGCCAGGUGGUCUAAAGCCUGAGGCCUACAGCAUAUCAGAUCUUGCAAGCGUGUUGAUCACACACAUACGCCGCACUGACCUUACAAGCAUACAGCAGAGGGGCCUAACCAGAUACAAAUACCAAGGGAGCUUGAACUGGGGCGAGCCUGGGAAUGUGUCCGAUAUGAAGAAGUUUUUCGACAUAUUCAACGAUGUGUACUUCAACGGCGUUCUGACGGGGUAUUGCAAGCUCGGCACAGUCCAGCCCAAAAACAGCAAAUCGCCUGAGUUCCUCCGUUAUGAUUAUGUAUACAGCUGCGUGUUGCGAAAAGGCAAAUGCCGAGAUGCAAGAUAUAAGAGGGACGAAACCUUUGCAUACAUCAUGUACGAGGAGGAGCCUCCAAAUUCGGCGAAAGUGUUCGAUUCCACGUGGAGGAAACUGAACGGCCUCCUUGCUGAGAUGGUCUUGGUAUGUUUCUCCAUCUUUCACUGCUCCUGCGAGCACGGCUGCCAAGCUAAGUCGACAAUUCGUAACCGAUGGCGUGGAUAUGAUGUGCACUGCCAAGCAGUAGCAUACACAAUAGAAAUUUCGUCAAAGAGAAAAGACUUGUUGGGAAUGGGAACGGAAUUGAACGGGCUUAGGCGCAUAGUGCUCCCGGUUCGAGCUGGAGAUGAGUUACCAGAAGCUGUUGAGUUAAACCAAGCUGAACUUGAGUCGGGAUUUGACGUGGAGGAGCUGCGCACCGGAGUCAAGCGCAUAUUGCCCAUAGACAUGUUCUCCCUGGGCUUUGAAGAAGAAAGAGUCUGUAAGAGGAAUGUUUGUCUGCGGUCACAUUGGCCGGUUUCCUGA